AUGGCCUCUGCAAAUCAGACCAAUGUGUCCUCUCGAGAAAAGUAUCUCGAGUUUGGUGGGGAAUUAAAGAAGCUUUUCCCGCAAGCAGAGAGUUGGGUCAACUUGAACCAUGGAUCAUAUGGGACGAUGCCACUCGAGAUUAGGGAGAAAUUCCGGGCAUAUCAGGAUCUCUCGGAAGCGGCACCAGACAAAUUUAUUCGCUAUGACCAGGGCAUCCUCCUUGAUGAAUCUCGUCAAGCUGUGGCGGAGCUUGUUAAUGCCCCCGCGGAUACGGUGGUGUUUGUGACGAAUGCUACCGAGGCUGUCAAUACGGUAUUUCGCAACAUGAAGUGGAAUGACGACGGAAAAGAUGUCAUCAUCUUUUUUUCCACCAUUUACCCGGCAUGCGCAAAAAUCGCAGACUACAUGGUUGACUACUUUGGCACCGCGCGCGUCGGCAUCCACGAAAUUGCUCUACACUACCCGUUGGAGGACGAAGAAAUCAUUCAACAAUUUCGCGAUGCAGUGGCAGAGAUUGAGAAGCAAGGAAAAAGAGCCAGGAUCUGCACCUUUGAUGUCGUGUCCUCGAACCCCGGCCUCGUAUUCCCAUGGGAAGAAAUGUGCAAAGCGUGCAAGCAACUCGGCGUGCUGAGCAUGGUGGACGGUGCGCAAGGGAUCGGCAUGGUGAAGCUGGAUCUCGCCGCGGCGGACCCGGACUUCUUCACCUCCAACUGCCACAAGUGGCUGCACGUCCCCCGGGGCUGCGCCAUCCUGUACUGCCCGCUGCGAAACCAGCAUCUGGUCCCGACGACGCUGGCGACGAGCCACGGAUACACGCCGCAAACGACCGUCCGGCGCGACGUGCUGCCGCCAAACACCAAGAACCAGUUUGUGAGGACCUUUGAGCUCAUUGCGACAAAGGACCGGUCGCAGGAGAUUGUGACCAAGGAUGCGAUUGCCUGGCGCCGAGACGUGUGCGGCGGCGAGGAGCGCAUCAUGGCCUACCUCUGGGACCUCAACAAGAGGGGCUGCAGGCGCGUGGCCGAGCAGCUCAAGACGUGGAUGUUGGAGAAUAAAAAAGGCACGUUGACUAAUUGCGCCAUGGGGAACAUUGCGCUGCCCAUUCGUUGGCAGGGGGAGACGAGCGCGGGUGGUAGUGGUGGUGGUGGUGGUGGUGGUGAUGGUGGAAGUGCGCAAGAGGGCGAUGUGGUGGUGCCCGAGGACGAUGCUGCCCAAGUCCGGACAUGGAUGAUGAAGACGAUGAAGGACGAAUACAACACUUUGAUGCCAUUGUUUGCAAUGGGAGACAGAAUGUGGGUUCGCAUCAGCGCGCAAAUCUACUUGGAUAUGAAGGACUACGACUAUGGCGCCAAGGUACUCGGAGAAUUGGUUGCGCGCGUUGCAAAAGGCGAGUACGAGAAUUUAGAGCAAAAUUGGCUGUAG